AUGGCCAUGGGGAGUGCUCCCUCAGAGAUCCUAGAAAAGUGAUGAAAAAAGUUGCUUAAAAUCCUCCAACAUGUUCCUGAUUCUAUUAUUGACAAGUUAAUCUCUCAAAGGCUGAUUUCUGAGGAUGAAUAUGAGACACUAGACAAAGUUGUGGAUCCCCUGAAGAAAAAUCAGAGGCUGUUAAUUUUAGUACAGAAAAAGGGAGAGGUGAGCUGUCACAAUUUUCUCCAGUGCUUAUUGAGUACUUUUCCAGAGUCUGCUACCACUUGGGGCUUAAGUCAUGAAGUUUUAAAACAUGAGAGUAUAGAAUCUUUUCAAUAUAAGGGACUAAGCAAGAAUUCAGAAGAUACUUCUUCCCCUGGAAAGAAAAAACCUGAGAAUCUUGAGAUCACUCUGUCUUCCACAGAGAAAGAACACUUAGAUUUGAAAAGCUUUGAGCUUUCCAGGGACAAGAAAACUAGGCAUAGGGAAACUGUUUUGUUCUCCAGGGACAAUGAGAAAGCAUAUGACACACCAAAAAUCACAUUACUAUAUUCAGUUGAGAAAGGUGAAUGUGAAAUUCCAGUGACUAUUACAUAUUUAAGGGAUGGACAAAGAUAUGAGAAGCCAGAUGAUUCUUUAUGCUUAAGUGAAGGGGAAUAUCAAGAAUCUGUUGGAUGCUUUGAAGAUGCAGAAACCACUGUAAAAGAGGAAGAUUAUGAUGACUCAGCUUACAUCGUAUAUAGUGGUGAAGAGCACUUUAAGUAUUCAAAAACCACAGGCUUCUCUGAUGAAGAACACAGUUAUAAGGAUUUAGAAAUCAACAUUUUACUGGAGGAGGAAGAGAAAUGUAUAGAAGGUAUAAAGAAAAAAGUAUUUAAAGAUGUCUUGUCCUGUUUGAACAUGGAUAGAAGCAGAAAGCUUCUGCCAGAUUUUGUUAAACAGUUCGCCUUAGACCAACAAUAUGAGUGGACACCUGAGAGUCCAGGAGACUUGGCCUGGAAUUUCCUAAUGAAAAUUCAAGCACUGGAUGUGACAGCCAGAGAUUUGAUCCUUAGGCACCAGGUUCUGGAUGAAAACAGCAAAGAAGAAUUGCUGAUUGGAAUCGAAAACUUGGAAAUUUGAGACAUACAAACCAUUAACCCCCUUGAUGUCCUUUGUGCUUGCAUGCUGUGUUCAGAUAGUUCUUUGCAAUAUGAAUUCAUGUCAAAUAUGUAUCAGUGUCAAUUUGCUCUUCCUUUGCUGCUGCUAGAUGCUGAAAAUAACAAAAGCAUCUUAAUGCUAGGGGCCAUGAAGAACAUUGUGAAAGAGAAGUCAACACAGUUCUCAAGAAGGCCCACAGGGGAUGCAAAAAAGUUUCUGAGUCUCAUGAAGAUGCCUGUCAUCUCUUUUGUGCAUCUUGUUAGCUUCUCAAAGUCCAGAAUCCUCAACAUACUGCUUAGCCAUGCCCAAGUGAAAUCACACAAAAUCUUUCUCCAUCAGGAUUUUUCUGGUCUAGUGCUUCCUCAGUAAAUCUCUGAUGGCCUGGUUGAGAUAACAUGGUGUUUCCCUGAUGAUCUAAACAAAAGCCCUAAUUUUUUCUAAAAGCCUGUGGCUGUGGCCAACCUUCAUGGAGAUCUAGAAAACUUAUGGACACAGUUUAGUUUUUUGAUGGAAGUUUCCUCAGCUGUGUUCUUUUUUACUGACUACUACUUAGGUGAGAAGGAAUGGAACUUGCUAAUGUUUCUAGGAGAAGCUGCCAUUGAAAGAUCCUACUUGGUGCUCAGUCCCCAAGCCAGGAAGAGUGAAGAGGCUCAAAUUUUCCAGAGGAUUCUGAAAUUGAAGCCAUCACAGCUACUAUUCUGGGAGGUGGAAGAACCUGGAGAUAGAAGAAAGAACAUGGAGGACUUUCAAGCUGCCCUCCAGGAAGUGAUGUCUUCUUCACUCAAUUUGUCUGUGGAGGACAUGGCCUCCAUGGCCAGGGAAUUGGGGAUUCAAGUGGAUCAAGACUUUGAGAAUGCUCAAGGAAUGCAAGUUUCCUCUAGUGAAAACAUAGCUGGAACACCUAAAGGUGAUGGACAACAAAGGCAUAGUCAGCCAAAAAGCUCAUCUGAAAGCCAAGCUCAGAUGUCUACAAGAGAGUCCAGGGAUAGAUGUGAGGUCAGCCAGAAUUUUCAGAAUUUUCACCACCCUCCAGCAUUAAUGCCUCAUCUACAAAAAUCCUGCCUCUUACCAAUUGUAGGUAACUUUAGUCGUUCUUUUUUGAAAGCCCCUUGGGUUAUGGGCUCCCACUUUGGGUCAGAACAGAGGUCCAUGUGGUUCUGUUCUCCAUUUCAGAAUAUAAGGGAUCAUAGCAGAGGUAAACAAUUUGGUAUUCAAUACUUUCGACCCCAGAGAUUUUAUUCCGAUAAAAGAUUCAUGGAAUUUUCAAGAAUGUCUUGGGGAAAUCAUUUGAAUGGAACAUUUGGGAGAAUACUAAGACCUAUUUUUCACCAUGGAUGGGCUUGUCUGGAGAGAUGGCAAACAAUAGGCACUCUCAAAAUGUCUGGGCCUAUGGUCUCCCUAGUAGGCCACUCCCAUUCUCUUGAGUCACAGCUGGCAGAAGCAGUAGGGAAGCCACAGCCUGGGCAAACCUGUGCCUGGGGAACAUAGCUAGCUACAGCAACUGGAAAAUUUAUGAGACCAACAUCCUGCAUUACAAAUCUUAACCCUCAAUCCUUUCAGUCCGCAGGAGAUAUGCAAACACUAGUAAGACCUGCUUCACAGCAAGGAACCCAACUGAUGACACAGGGUAGAUCUUCAAAUCCAGCUUUCCAAACAGGAUCCUUUUCCAGCUCCAGAUCCCAUCAGCCCAAGCCAUCCCAAGUCAAGCACUUCCAGCCCAGAUCCUACCAACCUGUACCUUCUCAAUCUAAGCCACCUCAGAAAACUAAUCCUCACCCCCAGACUUCUCAGUCUAACCCCUCUCCAUCCAAAUCCACUCAGCCCCAGCCCUCCCAAUCUAAGCCUUCUCAUCCCAGACCGAAGUCAUCCCAGGACAGUCCUUCACAGGCUAAGGCAUCCCGUCAAAGAACAAGGAGCAAGAGGGCAGGGAAACAUUAAAAAGCAUGGUCCAGAAACCUGUUAAAUGUGUCUCUUACCCAGACCAUUCUUAUCGUAUAGUAACCUGAAGGAUACAUGCAAUGAAGGUAAGACUGCUGUCAUUAGCAUGACACAGACAAAACCUAAUUGGAUAUCAUUAAAAUACCUGUUAGAGUUGUGUCCUAAACAAGUGGAAAAUAUAAAAGUAAGGUAGUAUCAAACUAUAAAUAAAUUGAUUCCAACCUUGAAUAUGAGAUAAUACAUAAUUGAAUACGGGGAAUGGGGUCUGUUAAACAGCCUCAUUUGGAGAGGAAUGGAUUAGUCUCUAACUGCAAAGUAGUCAUCAAAUAGAGCUCAGGUUGCUUCAGUGUUACAAGAAAAGUUGCCUUAAAUGUUGGCUACUUCAGAGGUGCCUUGGUCACAAGUUUCUGGUUCAAUAUCAGUGACUGAACAGAUAGCCCUGUGGUACAUAUGGGGUUAAUUAGGUCAACAUGCUUGGGGUAAUAGCCCAAAUUUGCUUGGUUGAUAAAACUCUCUCAUUUGAUCCUUAUAGAUAGAAAUAAUGAACUGAAAACAAUAAGAUUAGUUGUUUUAUGUUAACUUUAGGAGUGGUUUAUAUAUGUUUCACAUUUUAAAUAUUUGGGAUAACUAAGAAUUUGCUUUACUAGAGAAUCUCUUAUUAGUUCAUGAUUCCAAUUAAAAAUGUGUCAUUAAGUUAAUUUUAGAGGUAAAAUAAAUUUGAAAAGAUUAAGUUUACAA